UUACUAGAUUUUUCCUUCCCCUGAAAAGCCCAUAAGCAGUUUAUGAUACAAUUGGGCUUUAUAUUAUAAGCCCAUGAGUUUGAAUUUAUUUUACAAGUCAACUAUGUAGAAGCCUAAUCUAAUCCAACCCUUUACAUUAGUAUUGUUGCCUGUCAUCUAAUUAAAGUUGGUGAGAGUCUCGUUUCAUCGUCUUACUCUGAUUCAACCUCGACUGCACCAGAAGAUUAUUCGUAAAGGAUUUGAAGAUGAGUAGCAGCAGCCUGGAGAGGACGAGAGCAGAGCUAGGACUACUAGUAGUGUAUUUGAACAAGGCGGAGGCGAGGGACAAGAUAUGCAGAGCUAUACAGUACGGAUCCAAGUUCGUGAGUGAUGGACAGCCUGGCACUGCUCAGAAUGUCGACAAGUCCACCAGCUUGGCCCGUAAAGUGUUCCGUCUCUUCAAGUUUGUGAAUGAUCUCCAUGCCCUCAUCAGCCCUGUUCCCAAAGGCACUCCUCUCCCUCUUGCUCUCCUCGGAAAGUCCAAGAACGCAUUGCUCUCUACCUUCUUGUUCCUCGAUCAAAUUGUCUGGCUUAAUAGGACUGGCAUUUACAAGAACAAAGAACGAGCUGAGCUUCUUGGACGUAUAUCCCUCUUCUGUUGGAUGGGUUCUUCUGCCUGCACAUCCUUAGUCGAGCUUGGGGAGCUUGGUAGGCUCUCUGCCUCUAUUAAGAAGCUUGAAAAGGAGAUCGGCAACAAGGAUAAACACCAAAAUGAGCAAUACCGCGCGAAACUACAGAGAUCAAACGAGAGGUCAUUGGCUCUGAUCAAAGCCGGAAUGGAUUUCGUUGUUGCUUUCGGUUUGCUUCAAUUGGCUCCGAAGAAAGUCACUCCCCGUGUCACUGGCGCUUUCGGUUUCGCCUCCUCUCUCAUCUCUUGUUAUCAGUUACUGCCAUCGCAUCCCAAGUCCAAGACUGUUUAACAAAAGAUGAAGCAGAUAGAGUGUCCUAGUGUCUGGAUGUUCCUUAGUGUUCUGCUUUUGACUACUUUUCUGUUUGAUUUGUCUUUAAUACUUUUAUUUUGUGAUAAACGUUUCAGUCUGUUUCGAGAAUAAAAUGAUAAACGUUUCAGUACCAA